AUGGCCAAGCGCAGCUCGCUGUUCAUCCGCAUCGUGGAGGGGAAGAACCUGCCCGCCAAGGACAUCACGGGCAGCAGCGACCCCUACUGCAUCGUGAAGGUGGACAACGAGCCCAUCAUAAGGACAGCCACUGUGUGGAAGACCUUGUGCCCCUUCUGGGGCGAGGAGUAUCAGGUACACCUGCUGCCCACCUUCCACUCGGUGGCUUUCUACGUCAUGGACGAGGAUGCCCUCAGCCGGGACGACGUCAUCGGGAAGGUCUGCCUUACCAGGGACACCCUGGCUACUCACCCUAAGGGUUUCAGUGGAUGGGCCCAUCUGACGGAGGUCGACCCUGAUGAGGAGGUACAGGGCGAGAUCCACCUGCGGCUGGAAGUGGUGCCGGGGACCCAGGCCUGCCGGCUGCGCUGCUCUGUGCUGGAGGCCAGGGACCUAGCCCCCAAGGACCGGAAUGGUGCAUCUGACCCCUUUGUCCGAGUGCGCUACAACGGCCGGACGCAGGAGACCUCGAUCGUGAAGAAGUCAUGCUACCCACGCUGGAACGAGACGUUUGAAUUCGAGCUGGAAGAGGGGGCGGCGGAGGCGCUGUGCGUGGAGGCCUGGGACUGGGACCUUGUCAGCCGCAAUGACUUCUUGGGCAAAGUGGUGUUCAAUGUCCAGAGACUCCGGGCGGCCCAGCAGGAGGAGGGCUGGUUCCGGCUGCAGCCCGACCAGUCCAAGAGUCGGCGGGAAGAGGGCAACCUGGGCUCCUUGCAGCUGGAGGUGCGGCUGCGGGACGAGAUGGUGCUGCCCUCCGGCUGCUACCAGCCCCUGGUGCAGCUGCUCUGCCGUGAGGUGAAGCUGGGCACCCAGAGCCCAGGGCAGCUGAUCCUACUCAUCGAGGAGACGACAAGCACGGAAUGCCGCCAGGACGUGGCCACCACCCUGCUCAAGCUCUUCCUGGGGCAGGGACUGGCCAAAGACUUCCUGGACCUGCUUUUUCAGCUGGAGCUGGGUCGCACCAGUGAGGCCAACACCCUGUUUCGGAGCAAUUCUCUGGCCUCCAAGUCCAUGGAGUCUUUUCUGAAGGUGGCUGGAAUGCGGUAUCUGCACGGCGUCCUGGGCCCCAUCAUUGACAGGGUGUUUGAGGAGAAGAAGUACGUGGAGCUGGACCCCAGCAAGGUGGAGGUCAAGGAUGUAGGGUGCUCCGGGCUGCACCGCCCGCAGACCGAAGCUGAGGUGCUGGAGCAGAGCGCGCAGACGCUGCGCGCCCACUUGGGGGCGCUGUUGAGCUCGCUCAGUCGCUCGGUUCGCGCAUGCCCCGCCGUGGUCCGCGCCACCUUCCGCCAGCUCUUCCGGCGCGUGCGCGAGCGCUUCCCCAGCGCCCAGGACGAGAACGUGCCCUUCAUCGCCGUCACCAGCUUCCUGUGCCUGCGCUUCAUCUCUCCUGCCAUCAUGGCGCCCAAGCUCUUCCACCUGCGGGAGCGGCACGCGGACGCCCGCACCAGCCGCACCCUGCUUCUGUUGGCCAAGGCGGUCCAGAACGUGGGCAACAUGGACACACCAGCUUCCAGGGCUAAGGAGGCUUGGAUGGAACCGCUGCAGCCCACGGUGCGCCAGGGUGUGGCCCAGCUGAAGGACUUCAUCACCAAAUUGGUAGACAUCCAGGAGAAAGAUGAGCUGGACCUACAUCGGGCCCUGAGCUUGCAGGCGCCGCUGGUGAAGGAGGGGCCCCUCUUCAUACACAGGACCAAGGGCAAGGGCCCCCUCAUGUCCUCCUCCUUUAAGAAGCUCCACUUCUCCCUCACCACGGAGGCCCUCAGCUUUGCCAAGACACCCAGCUCCAAGAAAAGCACCCUCAUCAAGCUUGCCCACAUCCGGGCAGCAGAAAAGGUGGAGGAGAAGAGCUUCGGCAGCUCCCAUGUCAUGCAGGUCAUCUACACGGACGACAUGGGCAGGUCCCAGACCGCCUACCUGCAGUGCAAGUGUGUGAACGAGCUGAACCAGUGGCUAUCUGCACUGCGGAAGGUCAGCAUCAACAACACCGGCCUGCUAGGCUCCUACCACCCUGGAGUCUUCCGUGGGGACAAGUGGAGCUGCUGCCACCAGAGGGACAAGACAGAUCUGGGUUGCGACAAGACGCGGUCCCGGGUGACCCUGCAGGAGUGGAAUGACCCUCUCGACCAUGACCUGGAGGCUCAGCUCAUCUACCGGCACCUGCUGGGUGUAGAGGCCACACUGCGGGAGAAGCACCGACAGCUGAGUGCGGGCCCAGAGGCAGGCCCUGUGCUCACGGGCCCCGGAGGAGCCCCCGAGGACCCACUGGCCCAGCUCCUCCAGGUACUGCGGGACCUCCAGGAGGCCCAUAGGUCCAGCCCAGCUGCCUCCCCACCCUUGGAGCCCAGCCGCGUCCUGGAGCUGCAGACGUGAGG